CGUUCCUGUCAUGUGAUGCCAAGGUCACACGAGGUCAGGCAGCUCAUCUGUCGGCACCCAUCCCCAUUGUGCGCUCAUCCCGGGCUCCGAGGGCCGUCGCGGCCCCGCCCUUUCCUGGCAAGGUGGCCUUGGGUGGCUUCAGGCCAAGUACGCGGACUUGUCUCGAACCUCAGCCUUGUUCGGGAAAAUGGAACCACCACCUGCCUAUGGGAUUCUUGUGCAGUUACCGAGAAGGAAGUCCAGCAGUGGUACAAAGGCUUCAUCAAGGACUGCCCCAGCGGGCAGCUGGAUGCCGCAGGCUUCCAGAAAAUCUACAAGCAAUUCUUCCCAUUCGGAGAUCCCACCAAGUUUGCUACGUUUGUUUUCAACGUCUUUGACGAAAACAAGGACGGGCGAAUUGAAUUCUCCGAGUUCAUCCAGGCACUGUCGGUGACCUCGAGGGGCACCCUGGACGAGAAGCUGAGGUGGGCCUUCAAGCUCUACGAUCUGGAUAACGACGGCUACAUCACCAGGAACGAGAUGCUAGACAUUGUGGACGCCAUUUACCAGAUGGUGGGGAACACCGUGGAACUCCCCGAGGAGGAGAACACCCCGGAGAAGAGGGUGGACCGGAUCUUCGCCAUGAUGGACAAGAACGCCGACGGGAAGCUGACCCUCCAGGAGUUCCAGGAGGGAUCCAAGGCAGACCCCUCCAUUGUGCAGGCGCUGUCCCUCUAUGACGGGCUGGUAUAGUCCACGGCCCAGAGCCGGGAUGCCUGGGAACCACUCACCUCCUCCCGUGCCAUGAGGCCACCUCCGCCCCCAACGCCACCCUCCUGUGUUCCCCCGGCCUCUCUCCGCAUCUACACCCAGCCGGGCUGCCCUGGAGUCGCGGGGCCCGGCUCUCCUCCCCCCUGCCCUGCACCCACCGCCGCCUGAAGCCACUGUCUCCAAUUGCCAACAACCUCUGCUUGUCUAGAAACCGACACGAAACGGAAAAGGCUACAGCCCUCUGCAAAACCAAGGCCUCGGCUGCUUCGCGGGCAGCCUCCGGGUCCUUCCUGCUCUCCUGUGCGUGUGCUUUUUUUUUUUUUUUUUUUUAAAUUUCAAACAGACAUUGACAAAGGGAAAAAAAAAAAAAAGAAAAAAACAACCACCUUCUGUCCUAGAAGAUACAGACUGACAGAUGGGGAGAAGGCUGCCGUAGACCUCAGAGAAGACUGCCUCCCGCCUCGGCUGUCCUUCGGCAGCCGGAGAGGCCACGGGGAGUCACGGCCUCGGCCACGGUGUGCUCGGGGGCAUUGGGGGGGGGGCCUGCCCGAUUCGCGUUAUUUGUCGUCGCAUCCUCGAGCAGCCAGACCACCUGCGUGGCAAGGAUGAUGAAUUAUGAUGAUGAUGAUUUUUUUGUGUGUGUGAUAACAGUAUUGUGCUUUUUGUGGGGAAAGUGAGGUUUUUUUUUUUAUACAUAUAUAAUUGAUAUCUUUUAUUUAUUGGUUGUUAACUGUUGCUGCUGCCUCGUGUGUCCAAAGUUCCCAGGGAUGCGGGGCUUACCGUUUAUACGCGCACGCCCUCGCCCACCUGCGCCGGAGAGAAUGGUGGCCCGAAGCGGCCAAGAAGCCAAAAACCUUUUUUUUUUCUUUUUCUCUUCUUCUUCUUUUUUUUUUUUUUUUCCAGAUACUGUGCUUGAUGUUUGGAGAGGGGAAGGGUGGGCUUCUUAAAUGGCUAAUGCACUGUUCCCCCAGCCCGAAUGCCUCCUUCUUGAACCCCUUUUCUCUGCUUCCUGUCCAUACUCCCCCUUCUGUUCCUCUUCUGGGUCCAGAGCAUCUUUUCUGAGGACAAACAGGGGACGUCUUUGGGUUUCUCCACUCUUGCUUGGCGCUUGCAGCAGCCUGGGGCCUGGGAGCCCGGAAGGUGGGAUGGGGUGUGUAAGGAAAGGCGGCGGGGGAGGACGCUCUUGGCAAGCCGGUGAGCAGAGGAAAGUUUCCUUCUCCCUCCUUGGUGGGUUUUGAAGAGCGUCCUUCAGUUCUCUCCCACUUGCUUUUCUGCCUGCCCGCCUGCCUGGUCCCGUAGAUCACGUGGCCUCCCCCUUCCCUUUCCUCUCUCGGCUUAAACGCUGGGAGGGAGGGCAGGAGGGAAGGGCCGCAGACGGUCCAGUCUGGUAGCGGCUGUCCCUUGGGGCUGCAGCCCAUAUGUGCUCAUAGGAAGCUUGUAACGCUGCCUGCCACUGAGACCGGGUGGCCCCAGAACCGCCACCAGGAAAGUCAGAGGCCAGGGAGCCUCUCCAGGAGCCUGCGGCUGGCCCUUGCUCUGCGAUCACAGGCAGCCCCCUGCCCUCUCUGGGCCCCAGCUACCCCAGCGGCAGAACCAGGAGGCUUGGGCUGGUCGAUCUGGAAGUUUCCUGUAUCCACACCGACGCCGUGUCAUUGUGAGCCUGGGUUUCUUGCAUUUAUGAUUCUGCGGUCUUCGGCUGUUUGCCAGGCCCCAGCAGGCACGGGCACGGUGUGAGACCGUCUCCUGUCUCUUCGCACAAGUCUUCAGGGACGUGGAAGCCACUGGUGGUUGUGUGCGGGAUCAGAUGACCUACCUUGUUCUCUCUUCAGCUCUUCCUGGUCCCUCCUGGACUCUCGGGCUGUCUUUAUUUUUUGGCCCAGAACCAGUCCUCUUCCAGGGAAGGCUCCCGGACUGAGAAGCAGCCUCCCAGACUAUUUAGGGCCAGGCCUGAGUCUCGAAUUCCUGCUUCUUGGCGAACUCAGCAGCCUGUCCCCUUUCUUGCUUGCCCCAGCCCCGGGAGAGAAAAAGCUGGCCUUCAGUUCUCACUUUGAAUUGUCCUUGGUUCUCACUUUGCACUUUCCCGGGAGGCCAGAGCGUCUGCCAAUUAACCCUCAGCCGACAGACCCUCCGCCAGAGAGCGGCGCUGCUGGGGCGGGCCUUGCGUGUCCCUUCCCGCUGGCCGGACCGCUCAGCUCGUCCCAGACUCCUUUCUUGCUCAGCAGAGCCUCGGGCUGUGCUCUGCGUCCACUGUAAGCCCCCGGAUCGCGCAGGCACGGGGAGCGCUUCAGCUCUCACAGGCGACUUUGCAGGUUGGGAUGAACUUGGUGGCUUGGGGUUGCGUGGGGGGGUGGUUCCCCGCGUGGCAUUCCUCCCCUGCCUUCUGCCUGGGCCUCGGUGUGCAUCUCUGGCCCAGGGGGAAGGAGCAGUCGCACAGCCCAGUGUUAGAGGCACCAUCUCGGUGAGGGACUCGUAGCCCAGGACCAGCCGGGGUCAGGAGUGACGGAUCCCGCCAGCUCCGGCAUGGGCAUCGAUUCCCGGGUGUCUGUGGAGCAGGUGUCUGUGAGGCCUUCUUUCUUCAUUCUUGCCCUUCGGCCGUUUAGUUUGGAGCCACAGGUGGGGCUUUUGGCCUUAGCAGGCGGGACCGUGGACCCGUGGCUCAGGCGCACCUCGGGUCCGUGUCCCGGGGACGGCCCAGAGCUGCAGGGAAGGGCCGCCCUUCUUGUUGGGCAAGGCGCUGGAUACUGGCCAUUUGUGCCCGAGGUGGCCGGGCAGGGGCAGUUGUGACCCCUCCUCUCACCAGGCCUCCAGGUAUGGAACCUGAGCAGCUGUGGGCCUCUGUCCCCGGCACCGAUUCACCCCCCUCCCCCCCGCAGGCCCAGGUGGGUCACAUGCUGCUCUCUGGGGAUUCCAGACCCACCGAAGGCCAGGCUCUCAGUCCCUCCGCCGGCCCUCGCUCCUCGCUCCUCGCUCCCUGGCCCAGGAGCAGCGGCCCUGGCCUCUCCCCCACAGUGUCCGCUCCCCACUCUGUUGAUGGCAUUGACCAGAAUGACAGACUUCCUGAUAUUUAACCAGGCAACGUUCAAUGUCAAGGCAAACGUGUGUGUGUCCUCCUUUCCCCGAGAUGCUUUUCACUUUGACAGCCAACUUCCCAGACGACACCUGGGCUUUCGGGAACGCGUCUCUUCUCUGAGGGGAGGAAGGCGGGGGGGGGGUGCCCUAGAUCUCCCCCGGGAGAGACAUCCUCUCCCUGGAGAGAGUCCCUCUGCGGACCCAGCGAAAAGCCACCCGAUUCCCCGCGGCGCCUCCGGCGUCCGAGGGAACGCGGGCGCGCCCCCUGGUGGCCGGGAGCUGCAAAGGCAUGUGGGGACCCCGUCAGGCCCAACCGGAGAUUGGAGGGGGGACAGCGGGAGGUGCCCUGGGCCCCAACCUCCCGUGACUGGCAUUGUGUGUCCCAGGUGCCCCUCUUCUAGGUCUCCCCCAGGGCUAGCAAGUUAAUGAGCAUAAGGGCGCCGUGAUGGGAAGCCUUGCCCUCCCCCCUUUUUUUAAUAUCUGCGGAAUAAACCCAAUGGUUGAUUUUUGAAUGAAUAAAAGGCUUUUGUUGAAUAAACAGCUGGUCCCAUCUUCUGUCUUGGCCUCUAGGCUCAGGCUCCUGUCUACUGCCCAGGCCUGGGACAAACGCAGAAUCCGCCUCGCCUCGCCCCACAGCCUGUGCCGUUCUGUUUUUCCUGCAUCUUGACGGUGGCCCCGGCCCAUGGCUCCGGGGACAGCCACCUGCUCCCAGUUGGACUCAGUGACCAGCUCUCUCUGAGGCUCGGGGCAAGUGGCUCCCGCUCAGUUCCCCUGUCCCUCAGAUGGGAGCAAGUGUCUGUCCCUCACAGGGCGAAGGGGGAAGUGGGGAGUGGGCGUGGGCGUCGCGGUCACCUUGCAGAGGUCGAAGGCCAGUGGGGCAGGGCAGUCUGAGUGGUCACGUCCCCCCCCCCCCUCCCCGCCCCCCGACCCGGAGCCUGCAACUUUGUAAAGGAAUUUGGACAACUCUUACCAAAAAACAAAACAAAACAAAAACAACGUUUCCUGGCUAUGGUCGUGUUCUUUCUGUUUGCCUCUUUGCCUUUCCGACCCCCUCGGGGCCUCUUUUGGGGGCCGCUGUCCUGUCUGAAUCCGCUGGUGUCUGUCUCUGGGGAAGAAGCAGGCCCUUGUCCUGGAGGUGCCGGUGGGGCGGGGCGAGGCCCCGGGGCGGACAGGGGCCCCGCAGUGUGCCCAGGCCUCCUCUCGUGCUCCUGAUGUAUGUCUUCUGUGCCAUGCCAAUUAAACACGCUUCCUGACUUGUCCUUGC